GAAACUGAGGUAUAUUUUUUUCCACUCGAUUUUAGUUUUUCCCACAUUUUCCCUGCCCCUGAAUGCCUCAUGACAUGUGGCCAGGUCACAUGACAGCAAUCAUCCAAUCAGGUGAUUUCUCUUGCCUUAUAUAAGCUGCUCUGACUCCACUCUCCUCAGUUGUGUGGGAGAGGAGCCAGAGACAGCAGCUGCUCAGGUCAGUUCCAACAUAUUGACUUUUCAAGCUUAUCCAUGUGCACAAUUCUAAAACUACUGUUUUGUAACUUUUUGUAGAAUCCAGCCCUGUACUUUUGUGUUGGGACUCUACCUUGUUUUGUGCUUUGUGAUCAUAAGGAACUGGCCAGGUGCCCCUGAUCCCUCACGGGUUUCCUGUAUUUGUUCGAUGGCGAGCUUCGAUCCCAAGCCAGGAGGCUGAAGAAAUCCCAGCCCUUUGUCAACAUCCCAUGGUCUGGUAGGAGGCUUAGCAGCCUGCUCACUCUCCCACCUUCUCACUACUGAGCCCUUCCACAUCCACCUACUCCCCCUCUGGACAAUUUGCGUGUUGGAAACUACUCUCCUCAAACAAUAAAAGCCCCAAAUGAACAAUUGUGCUCAGUGUGCGUUUGGAGCCAUCCAAAUGCUUGGUUGAACCACCGUGGGAUCCAUUUUGUUUCCUUUUCCUAGUUGAUUUAUUGAACUUCAAGAGAAACAGAAGCAAUUGUACUGUUGACUGGUUGUUGUUCUGUUGAUUGAUUGAUUAAUCUGUGCACAGAAGUUACUGCAGUUUGUAAAUACGUUUUGCUUUAUUGUUUUCACAUUCUUACAAUAUAUUUCCACAUUUAAAAUCAAAUCAUUACCUCCUGGUCUCAUUUACUGCACUGCCCUCCAGUGGCCGAAUCUAAAUCUUCUGACAAUAGCCCAGUAUAUAUUCUCACCUAAGUCAACCACAUUGUAAUCAGGCAAACCCUUGCUACAUUUCUUGGCGAGCUAGCCAGGAGGGCAGUCGUUCAGUAAAUACAGUUACAUUCAUUCAAUCUCACCAGUUCAUCCAAGAUGGAGGUUUUUGAUAAGCUUGAAGUCAAAAUCCCAAAUGCUGUUUUAGUGGACGGAAUAAAUGAACCUGCGCUAUUAGUAGAUGUUAUUGCUUUCCUUGAACAAUAUGGUGAUAUAAAACGAAACAUCACCAUUGAAAACCUUCAAUCAGAGUUUAAUGAACGUGUUGUCGUCGAAUUUAAUUCUAAGUCAGCGCUUGUGACAUUGUCACCCUUGCUUCCGUACACUUAUACCUCCAAAGCAGGUCAUAAAUACUGCAUUGAAAAUCUAUCCAACAUUUAUGCAUCCAAGAUUUGUGGUUCAAAAACUCGCAAUUUAAUGGCAGAAUUCAAAAAUGUUGCCCGAUUGUCUGGAAAACACUAUGCAGAGUUACUUCAAGAGAUGAUGGAAGAAAUUAGCCUGUCCGUGCCUGAGAUCCAUCGACCUCCCACUCACGAUGGUGCUUCAAAUAUCACAGAUCCCCCUCCACUAACAUCUCAUCCUUCAGUGAAACAAUCUGAUUCUCCUCCUGUUUCAGACUUGUCUUCACCAGGGCCAACCAUCGGUCCCGAGGCACAGCAGAAUGCUCAGCGGAAUGAAAGGCGAUCCACAAUCCACAUGACGCAAAGCGACCUGACUCCUCCAGAAGUCCAGCGUUAUGUGGUGGAGCAUGUGGUCAGGAGUGGAGACGGUGCCAUGCAAUACCAUUCAUCGCAUCGGCUGAGGACCUUCUCAGGAAAAGUGCCAAGGCCGGCCCAUGAGACGGACUAUGAGACAUGGCGAUCUGGUGUGGAACUGAUGCUCAAGGAUCCAUCUGUGUCCGAUCUUCAGCGCACCAGGCUGAUCCGUGAUAGUCUCCUGCCACCAGCAGCCGAUAUUGUGAAACAUCUCAGCCCUGACGCCACACCAGAGAUCUAUUUACAACAGCUCGACUCCGCAUAUGCUGCUAUUCAGGAUGGUGAUGAACUUUAUGCAAAGUUUUUGGAUACUUACCAGGAUGCUGGAGAGAAGCCAUCCACUUACCUGCAACGUCUUCAAGUCGCUUUGCAGCACGCUGUGAAAAGAGGAGGUAUAUCUGUGAGGGAUGUGGAUUAGUGCCUUUUGACUCAAUUCUGUCGAGGAUGUUGGGACAACAAUCUCAUUGUGGAGUUACAAUUAAAACAGAAGAAAAGUAACCCUCCAACAUUCCCAGAACUACUUCUGUUGCUGCGCACUGAGGAGGAUCAGGAUGCGGCAAAGGCAGUCCGAAUGAAGCAGCACCUGGGUGCAACAAAGCAGAGAGUGGCAAGUCACGUACAGCUUGUCCAUCCAGAAGAAGAAACCAACUUGUGUACUGUUCUGACGACCCUUACCAAACAAAUGGCUGCCAUCCAAAAGCAACUUGCGGCCCUUACAGCAAGUCAGUCCAGAACUCCACCAGAUCUUGUUCCAAAGACUCUUGAAAGGCAAAAGACUGACUCCAAACCCAUUCCUCCAAAGCCUGGGUUUUGUUUUCGUUGCGGAGAAAACGGUCAUAUUAAGCCGCAAUGUGAAAACGCUCCCAAUUCAUCUCUUGUUAGCGCCAAAAGAAAACAGUUUGCCAGUAGACAACAAAAAUGGCAUAAACCAAAUGCCUCUGGACAUUUAAACUAGUUCCAGCUCCUGCUGAGGGACAAUCAGGAGCUGUGCUGGACCAACCCCGUCCCGCAAAGAAGUCUGUCCAGUGUGCAAACAUUCAAUCUGACCUGAAACCAAAGAAAACAUUGCCACGGGGGUUAAUCGGUUCACGGUGUACAGCAAAAAUCAAUAUUGCUGGCCAAACCUGCUCAUGUCUGCUCGAUACUGGAUCGCAGGUAACCACCAUCCCUGUGUCGUUUUAUAAUGAACAUUUGUCAGAUCAACCCAUUCAUUCACUUAAUGAGUUGCUUUACAUCGAAGGUGCAGCAGGUCAAACCAUUCCUUACCUUGGAUAUGUCGAGACUACAGUGACAUUUCCAGAAGAUUUCCUUGGUACUGAUUUUGAAAUUCAAACUCUUGCACUUGUCGUCCCAGAUGUCAGACCCAGUUUCCCAACUUCUGUGUUAAUCGGCAUGAACACCCUUGAAGCACUUUAUGAUCAGUUUUGUAACAGUGACUCUUCCACUUUUCGGCCCAGUUUGCAUGGCUACAAAGUUGUGUUGCAGACUCUCCAGCUAAGACACCAGAGCAUGGCUGAAGACAAUGUUGGACUUGUUACUCUGUGCAGCAAGACCCCUGUCCUCAUCCCUGCAGGCUGCACUGUGGUAGUUGAAGGUUCUGCUAAAGUAUCCACUCCAACAACCAGCCAGUCUGUGAUCGUGCAGCACCCGGAUUCAGGCCUGCCGGGUGGCCUGUGUGUGAGCAGCUGUUUGAUUUCCUUACCAUCUCACUCACCCUACAAAAUUCCUGUUGUGGUGACAAAUGAGUCAGAGCAGGACGUCUUCAUCCCGCCAGUCUCUGUGAUUGCAGAUCUUGACACCUUUGAAUGUACAAUCUCUGAUCACCAUGUAA